UUUUUCGGGUCUGCAGUGGACGCCGACACCGACGCCGGCAGUAUCAGCAGCAGAAGCAACAGCAGCAGCAGAAGCAGCAAUAGCAAUCGCAGCGCCAGGCAUCAGGCAGCUGCGGUAAAAAAGCUCCGACGCGUUCGGGGCUGCGCUUGCGCUGUGGUCUGUGUAACCGAUUUUUUGGCCACUGCUAAAUCAUUGAAGUAACUUUCGUCUGCAGUCAUUUGCUUAAAGUUAGUGAACGUGCUAGUAUCGCGUAUCUGGCGGCGCGGCUUCCAGCAAUCGAAUCAAAGAAAAAAAAACAAAGAGAAAAAGAAAAACCCAGUCCGUUCCAAACUUUGAUCAAUUUUCAUCACGGUUUUUUAUUGGCUUUUUGUUUAUUCUCUUGCCUUCGAGAGCUUAAAGUUUGUGUGUUGUUUUUUGAAUUCACAGCAGAACAGAAGUCCCGUUCCUUCGCCCACAAAGAUGCAGUACACAAAGUGCAAAACGAUGCUGAUGCUGGCCGUACUAUCGUUAUCGCUAACGCUAUCGCUAUCGGCUCCAUCGCCUCAGCAGCUCAACGCCGAAGUGGAGUCCACGCUGCAGGACAGCAGCGACAGCGACCCGGACCUUAAUCCAAUCAAUGCAGAGGAGGUGUUAGGCGAUGGCCAAGAGCGCAACAAAAGAAAACUACCCGAUGCGACAUUCGAGGCCAAGAAUGCGGUGCUCGGCUUCGUGUUUGGUAAAAUCGACAACUUCCUGGACACGAAGACCCGUGUGAUCGAGCAGCUGGAUCGCUCAAACAUCGAGAAGAACAAGCAGUGGGACAUCAAGUCGCCGGUGCCCAUCAAGGACUUCCAGACCCUGAUCACAGCCGUCGUCUCGCCGAAGAUCCGUUCGUUGGGCAACAUUGCCAAUGACCUCACCACCGGUGUCCUGACGACCAUCACCGCCUUCAGUGGCUCCUCGUCGGGCAAUGGAAAUGCGAACGCCGGCCUGGGCAACGUUGUCUCGAAGUUCUUGAGCUUCUCCGGUCCCAUCCUGCAGGGCUCCUCGGGCGGCGUCAACGGCAUAGGUGGGGUGACGACACCAGCCCCGGACUCGGACGAGGCGGGCUACUAAACAGGAGCCAAGACCUAGAAGCCAGGCAGAGCGCAAUGAGAGCUAAACCUUGGUUGAACCUUGUAAUUUAUCGUUAUCCUCGACCAAUCCUUAGAUUCCAUCACUCUUGCGGUGCGGAUGCGGAGCAAAAUCUUGUUGAAUUCCCCCCCCCCCCUGUUUUUGUUUCUUCACACCCUAGUUAAGAUCCACUUUAAGCAUUGUUUCAUGUUUGUACAUACAUUCGGCAUAUAUAUUAAUACUAUAUCAAUCAACCCACUCUAUGACUCUAUGGCGAUCGAAAAUAAACGACAAAAAACACACACAAAAAACAUAAAACAGAAAAACCGUACUCGAAAUUUUGAUUUCAGUUCUGCGGCUGGCGGCUGGCGGCUGGCGGCUGCCGUCUCCAUGGCCAUGGCCUUGUCUGGGGUCGUGGGCAAGCCGAGGCAGGCACGAGCCGGGGGCAAAGACCUGAGCGAUGCCACGGACAUCAGCAGCGACAACGUGUCGUUCGAGCUACCCGACGA